AUGGACGGAUCCUGCAUGUCCUCCCCCUCUUCGGACAAGAAGAUCAAGCGAACUGACACGAACCGCAGCGGUGGCGGAGACCUGCAACGCACCACCUCGUCGUACCAAGGCAGUGUUGCCGACGGGAUGCGCUACUCGGACAGGCUCGCAGACCGUGCAGGCGAGCGUGAGCGCCUGACCGCUAGCCAACUGCACCAAUCUACUACGCUUGAGGCAAGGAUCAAGCAGGCCGAGGCGCAGAACAAGGCGCGCCAAGGAUAA